UACAAGGCCUAUAAAUAUUGUCACAGACGUAACAUUUUAUGAUAGCAACACAUUUCACAAGCAGAGAUGGGAAACAAUAUAGGAGGAGGGAAUAAAGCAAAGGUGAUGCUGGUCAAUGGUGAAACUUUCAAGUUAAAGACUCCGGCAAGGGCCGGCGAGGUCGUUAAGGAUUAUCCAGGGUAUGUAUUAUUGGAUUCGGAAGCUGUUAAGCAUUUUGGGAUUCGUGCUAAGCCAUUAGAGCCUCAACAAGAAUUAAAGGCCAAGAAAAUAUAUUUCCUAAUAGAGUUGCCUCAAAUUCCUGAGGAAAAAGAUCCUAGGAGUACUAGGAGGGUUCGGUCAGCUAUACAUAUGAGCGCCAAAGAACGGCUUGAGAACUUGAUGUUAACUCGGAGGUCAGUUUCUGACCUUUCGAUGGUAAGACCAUCGUCGAGUCAAACAUCAGAUGGGCGGGAGCCGGUUCAGGUGAAAGUUAGGCUGCCUAAGGCCCAAGUGCAAAAAUUGGUGGAGGAGAGCCAAGAUGAAGUAGAGGUGGCUGAAAAGCUUAUUGAUCUAUACAUGGGAAAUUCCGGUGGUAUUAAUGGUACAGAUGGGCACCGGCACGUGCAUUGGAAGCCGGAGCUUGGUAACAUCUCGGAGAGUUUCAAGGCAACUAAUGAGAAACGAGUGAGUUUUGCUCAAGAAGAGGGCGAAACCCGUUUAGCUGUUGCCUCUCCUUAGCAAAUCAACUAGUUUAAAGUAUGGAUUUUGGAGACCAGAAGUCCCAGAAGCCCCUCUUCAUUAAUUUUAGCAGUAGCCUCUCAUUGGCAACUAUUUUGUUGUACAUAUUUUGUCAUCAUGUCUUCUUGCAAUUUAAUUGCAAGAUACAUAGCUACAAUUUAGCCAUGGAUCAGCUAUGAUAAUAUUUGUGUAUCCCAUUAGUUCAAUUCAACAUCUCCAUUCGAGAAUAUUAAUUCCAA